GGGGAGAGGCCAAGCUACGACGUGGCUUCAACGUGAUCCUGGCUAAGUAUGGGAUGGAUGGGAAGAAGGACACCAGACCUCUAGAAUCUAACAACCUGAAGGACCAUGACAUCAGAGAAGGAGACAUGUUUGAUGACCCCAGACUGGAUAAACUGUGGAAUAAGGCUAAGAGUUCUGGUAAGUUCUCAGAGGAGGAGAUGCAGAGUCUGAAGAGGGAGUUUCAACACCACAAGGACAAGAUCAGCGAGUACAACAUCGUCAUGGAUACCGUCAGCCGCACGGAGGAGAUCCAUAAGAAUGUGAUCUCUCCAUUAGAAGGGGAAGUUAAAGAACAUGUCCUGCAUCAGAAACACACCGACCUGAAGGACAAGAUGAGGGAUCUGAACCAGGGCUUUGAACGCCUGAGGAAACUCAGCCACGAGGGCUUCAGCGAGGACAGUGAGUUUAAAGAGCCCAGGGUGAUAGAGCUGUGGGAGAUGGCACAGAGAGCCAACCUGACUGGGGAUGAACUGGACUCGCUCAAGGAGGAACUGAAGCACUUUGAGACCAAGGUAGAGAAGCACAGCCACUACCAGGUAACCAAUCAAUAUCAAUUAUUAAUCAAUCAGUUUUUUUCCCUCGUCGAUCUACACACAAUACCCCAUAAUGACAUCACAAUACCCCAUAAUGACAUUUACAUAAGUAUUCAGACCCUUUACUCUGUACUUUGUUGAAGCACCUUUGGCAGC